UUCCACGAAUAAUUCUAUAUAAAAGUGACCAAUGAAUAGCUAUUGCCAAAACAAUUACCGACUAUUCGCAGUAUCAAAUUUAUCGAAACAAUUUUGGGGCGUAUUAAUAUUGGGUUACAAGAUUUCAAAUUGUGUAAGGACAUUCUCCAAACGAAUCGCAACCAUGUUUACGUCCGCUCUGCUUAUUAUGUGCACAAUUCCAUUCAUCAAAAAUCAAGAUUUAAAAUCGAACAAUCAAACUCUAGAAAAUAUUCAAGAGAAGCGACUGAUGGCAUACCUUAAUACACAACCGAUCACACCACCGAACGACAUUAUCAAUAUCGACGCCUACUUAUUUAUCCAGUUCUUCACUUUUGGCCACGACGAGAGCACUAUCAAAGUUUUCGGUUACCUGCUCGUGUCCUGGUAUGAUGAAAGACUGUCAUGGAACACUUCAGAUUACGGGGGACUUUCAGAAAUUGUCUACGAGAGCUACACAUUUUGGGAACCGCACAUAAGUCUGCUGAAUCAGGUCGACUAUGAUGAAUUUGAAUACCACUACGGUCUCUGCAGAUUGUAUAGCUCCGGUCUGACUAGUUGCUUACCAAAAAUUGUACAUGAAUCUACCUGCAAUACUUGGGUCUCCAAUUGGCCGUAUGAUGUCCAAAAUUGUACUAUAGCAAUCGGGCUAUUUGCUGGUGUUUCGACUGUCAAUAUCACGGAAAGAGAUGAUCGUGUUACUUUUCUAAUUGGUGGUGAGAAUUCCGCGUUCUGGAAGGUCCUAAAAGUUAACUAUAAAUAUUCUAAAAUUGAUAAAAAAUUCGAUAAAUAUCACAAAGGAUCUCAAAUCGACAUAACGCUUCUGUUAAAGAGGAAAGGGGCUGGAGUUGGAGUGGCAGUUGUCUUUCCAAUGAUUGCUUUGACGAUUUUAUCAUUAAACAGUUUUGUGUUGAGUGCUAGAAAUUUACGUUUAGGAAUGUUAAGUUUCACAUUGCUGUGUCAUUUCGUGUUUACAUCGGGAAUCAGUUAUUUAAUACCGAAGUAUAGUUUAGACUGUCCAACGAUUUUGUUUUACCUACGCGGAUCGAUUUUGAUUAACAUGUUCUUAGUUAUGUUGACGAUAUUUUUAUCCUUUCUGCGGGAUAUUGCAAGGCCCAUGCCGACAUGGCUUAGUGAUACAAUCGAAUUUAUAUUAGAAAGUAAAUUAAGAUUCUUUAUCUUGUGUUUGAAACGCCGAGAUAAAAUGUUAACUACUAAAGAUAUGGUGAUUAUGAGUGAAUGGGCUAAUUGUUCCGACGUAAUUAAUAGUCUGUGUCUUUGGUUGAUGACAUUAGUGUAUGUAUGUUUUAUGUGUUUGUAUUUGCCGAGAGAAUCUCACGUGGAAGCUGAUGAGUUGGACACUUUUCGGUAUUAAUUAUUACGAAAUCUUAUAUAACAACAUAUAUGAAUACAUAAAAUAAACGUUUUUUUCUCAAUA